CCCAAAACCGUCGCCUAUCCAGAUAAGACUGGUGCGCCACGGCCUUGCCCGCGAAGCGAGCCUCCCGUCCCGUUGCCGCUCAUGGAGACCACCGCCUCAUGGCGCCUCCUCUCCUCGGCCUCCUCCUCGCCGCCGACCGCUCCGCAGCUACCCAGACGGCAGGCGACGACGCUCGCUGCGUCGUCGCCACAGCGCUCCGCCAAGUUCAGGCUCCUCUGCCACCUCCACGACAAGGCCCCUUGCAAGCUAGCUGCUUCAUCCCCGUCGGUGUCGCAGCUGCAGAGGCUGGCGGCGGCGCUGCAUUGUGGCGCCGCCUGGGCAGCCGUUGAGGCGCCGGCGGCGCUGGCGACGGUGACCGGGGAGGAGGACAUCGACCUCCUGGCGAUCCUGCCGCCGCUCGCGGUGUUCGCCUUCUUCUACUUCCUCAUCGCCCCUCCGGUGAUCAUGAACUGGAUGAGGCUGAGGUGGUACAAGCGCGACUUCGUGGAGACGUACCUGCAGUUCAUGUUCACCUACCUCUUCUUCCCCGCGCUGAUGGUCUGGGCGCCGUUCGUCAACUUCAGGAAGUUCCCGAGGGAUGCAACCAUGAAGUACCCUUGGUCGAAGCCAAAGGAGGGCACGCCGCUGUUCAAGGACAGAUACCCGCCUAUAGACUCCUAGAGACAAUACUCGUAUAGGCUCGUCACGGGCAUGCAGCAAAAGGAUUUCUUUACCUGAAUCUGUGAAAAAAACAAUAUCACAAUCUAGUACUCCAUGAGAAAGGGACUCUGCAGACUCGACUCUCGAGUCAUUGCAGUUGCCGUGAUAUCUUCACGCAAAUAAAGGGGGAAGAACCGUGUUUUUUUUUUCCUGUGCAGUACACGCAGGCGUCGAAGCAUACUUUGUGCUUGAGAAAAGAUUACGCCCAACGGUGAAUGGGCUAUGUUUAUAUAUAGGUGUAUAGCCCCUACUGAAUGUACUACUCACCUGAGGUUCAUGAUCUUCUUGAGCUUUACUA